UCUCUUCUUCUUCCCCCAAACUCGUCCAUGGCCACCUCCCCGCCAUCUCCCUCAGCACACGCCGAGCUCCCCUCCGAUCUGUUCAGAGCAGGGAGCUGCAGCUCCCAUUCCCCAGCAACAUCUUCCUCGUCGGCGUCCCCUGCUUGGAGCCUCCCAUGGCGCAAUCACCCAUGGUCGAGGUUCCCCCUGCUUGGCCUCGCUUCCAUGGGCGCUAGCAGCAGAAGCUCCCAAGCACAGAGCUGUUCUUCCCCAAGGUGCGGGCGCCAUUUCUCCCAUGGCCGAGCUCACCACCUGCCAGGACAAGCCGGACCCCUCUGCUCCUCCAUGGCUGUGAGCUCGAUGUCCCCUUCUUCCUCCUCCGAUGGGCAACUCGGCUCCCUCUGCUCCGUUCCCCCACUCGGCAUCCAACUUUCUGCAGGAGCUUGCCAACACUCUCCUCCCCCCACUCAGCACUCCUCUUCCCUUUCCUCUGCCAUGGACGCAUGCAGCCGUAAGCUCCAUGGUCAGAUCCCCGUCUCCCCCAUCGACACUAGGUAUUCGAAACUGCACCCUAUCAACUUCCCCAGGGCAAAGACUCGGUGCCCCCUUCUCUGUCCCUACUCCUCCCUCUAUGGAUAUUCCCAUGGCGCAGUUCCCCAGCCGGCUUCCUGCCUCCGGCAAGCAGCAAUUGUUCCCUGCUCGCGAGCUCGCCAUCGGGACUCCCAAGUCGCUGCAUGCCCCAGCCCAAGCUCCAAAUCCAUGGUUGGAAUCCUCACCGGAAGCGACGCUAGUCGCGAGCCUCACUUGCUCCUUGUGCAUAGUUGCUAUUGUCCAUCGUCUUGAAGUUCCUCCAUCAUCGUGCUGCUUCUUCGCCGCUCCUCCAAAGCAUGCCCUCCUCGAUAGAACACCAUCGAUCUCCAGUUUGGACUGUUGUGGCCAUGUGAAUGGGGUGUUCAAUGAAAUGCUAAGUAGGGAAGCGAGUCAUGGAGAGCAUCAUCGAUCUUGAUGUGCUCGUCAUUUUCUCAUGCAACCCCGCCACCCAUGCAGCUCCAGCACGCCGAUGUCGUCUCCCAGCUCGUCCCUGUCGUGUCCAUCGAUGUCCCAUGCCUCGCUGUGCUACGCUAGCCACAGUAGCACACAGCCCCUAUGUCUUACCCUUGUCGUGCCAGCGUGCUGUUCGACAAAAUGCCCAGCAACAGCAUCCCGGUGUCUAGUGUCGUCGCUUUUGGUGCCCUGCUCCAUUCCUGCCCGUUGACGCUAUCCUUCCUAUUGUUUUGCCACACAAAACAGUAGCCACAACAGCUCCUCCGGGGCGCGUGCUCCACCUUGUUGCGUCGUGGUGCCCGUCGUGCUCCUUCGGCUUCGCUCUGCUCUCCGGUACACGUUGGCGCGUUCAUCUCCACGCCAUGUGUGCAGCGGUAUCGACCGAGUUGUUUAUGGUAAGCCGAUUUGUUGUUUUGGGUAGUGUUUGAUUAACGGAUAUAAUAUAUUUUGGUAAUCACAUUGACUCUUUAUGUGUUGCACAAAUGCGUCGCGGUUAUAUUAAAUCAUGGUUAAACGUCUUGUCAUAAAAUAGUGUGUUGGUUGUCGCAACUUUUAAUGUGUAGGGUAUGCUUAGUGUUCCAAGAAGUGGCCAAUAAGUAGUCUACAUUAUUUUGUAUUAUAUAUAUAUAUAUAUAUUUGCUGGCGAAAGUAUGCACAGAGUUUGCCAUUGAACAGGUGUGCUGGAGUAUGUUACAUCAAGUGUUGCGCUAGGUGGAUGGAAGUGUUCCGAAUAAAUGCCGCAAUAUGGUUGUAUUCGUGACAAGGAGGUGUAGGUUUUACUCGACUAGAAGUUUGGUUGAUGUGGCUAGGCAUUGCUUUGGCUUGUGUGGUGAGGUGAUGACAUGCCAAAGUAGUCAUCGCUUCCUCUAUGUUUAUAAGUCGAGUCGUGACGAUACACAUUAUGCGUUCGUUAAA